GAGGCGGAGGCGGAGGAGGUGGUGGUGGAGCCGACUUUGUUCCAAUUUUGCAUUAAAUUUCUGUAUAUUCCCAUGAUGAAUCCUGAUGAAGUUAGUGGGGGCGUCUCAGACAGUGCUAAUGGAAGAUGUCCAGGGACACCAGGCAUGUGAUGAGGAAAAUACCAACUUCAUGUGACCCAUGGCUAAGGAGCGGCUCACAGGCAGAGACAAACACCCAUUUGUGUUGUUUUCUUCAGUCGGUGCUGAUCCACGGAGGAGAAUCCACCCGUCAUGCAAUCUAGAGUGCCUCUCCUCCGGAUGAAGCCUCACCAAUCAGCAUGCAGACAAUAAAGACAGUGGAGACCCAAGUGCCCUUUCUGAAAGAGAGUUUCUUCACUACCACUUUCAAAGGCAGGAGGAAGAGCAGUGUUACCAGCCUCCUCCGGAAACAACAGCACUCGGUCCUUGAUCAACAACACCAGCAACAGCAGUGCAUUUUAGAGCAGCAGCAGCAGCAGCAUCCAAAGCAACUUCUUCCCCAGUCAGUCGAAAAUGGACAAGGGCAGCGCACUCCGGAGCAUCAGCGCGUUGCUCGCUCGAACAGCAGCCUGUUAUGCAAGACAGCUGAGCGUGCAGGAGCAGAUGGGGAUGGAGAGGAGGGGCAAAAAGAGAGGAAGGAUCAGGGAGUCAGAGAGGCUGUGCAGGGGAGGGAGGGGGAGCGAGGAGUGAGUGGUAACGAGCCCGCGGCUGUCAGUGCCAGUCUCCUCCUCCUUUCAUCAUCAGCAGCAUCAGCGGCGCUGGGGGAGGCAGCAUCAUUCUCACAGCUGCCUUUAACUGUGGUGGGCAGACAGCAGGGAUUAAGCAGCUCUGAAAGGGCUCAGACCAACAGAGGAAGAGCAUCAGUAGCAGCCCAGGAGGACGCCCAGCAUGCCCAGUCUCGACCCCAGCAGCAUGGCCUGUUAGCCAAGGGUGUCCGCCUGCUCAGGAACAUGGGGAACCAGGAAGCAAAGCAGAAGAAAGGAGGAGGAAGUGGUGGAGGAGCAGCAGCAGCAGGGGAUGUCUGUGAUGGUGAUGCUGAUGAGAGGGACGUGGACAAAAAAUCUAAAAAGUCCCACAGCAAUGGGAAGAAGAAAUCUAAGUCGGAGGUGAAGGGCUCUGUGUUUUCGGGGAUGAAGAUCAGGAAGAGUUUAUCCAAGGCGAAAGGGUUGUCUAAGGAUGACACGGUGGAGGAUGGGAGGUCAGCACAGGUUGGCAGAGCAGGACUCAAGACUUCUGCGGAGGCGAGCCUGUCGGCGGACGAGAUGGGCAUGUUAUCAGAUGUCACGGGGGAUCUAAGCCGCUUGAUCGCAGACAGUCACCAAUCUCUGGUGGAUGAGACCAGCCGGAAAACAAGCUCGGGGUCGGAUGCUGACCUUUAUAGUUUUCACUCGGCAACAGCAGAAAAUGAAGACCUGCUGUCUGACAUCCAGCAGACCAUUAGAGACCAGUGUGUGGCCGAUGACAUGGUGCUGGAAAUGGCGGCCGAGGGGAGAAAAGCCCCUGAGAAGGUAACAUCUCGCCAGCUAUUAAAUCUGGAUAUAGGAGUUUUCUCUCCCACUCUUGGUAGCGAAUGUGUACCUGAAGAAGUAAGUGGAGACUGUAAGAAAUUAGAGAACGAAAGUCAUGAAAUACCCAUAUCAAGAAAUUCAUCUGGUCCAGGGUCCCUGAGUGAGAGUGGUCCACCAUCUUCAGCCGCAGACACAGAGCGAAGCAGUGGCAGCCUCUUCCCAAAGACCAACAGCACAUACAGCUUCCCUGACACUACAAAUACCACCAACUCAUAUGAGAGUGCAGAGGAACCCCAGGAUGACCUGGAGAGCCCACUUGUGCACCCACAGCUGAGCAGAAACAUAUGCGUUCCGUGCGUCCGCUUGGAUCCCGUGGUGGCAGAUGCAGCACCGAUGGGGCCUCAGAAGAGCGUGAGCAGCAUGGACCUGUCCAUGGAGAGGGAGGGCGAAGAGGAACUUAUGAGGCGGGACUUCCUGUCUCUGAAAAGGAGGAAGAGUAGUUUAUCUUUUGGCCAGCUAACACCAGACGCCCAUGUUUCUCAGCCAAGACGGACGUCCUCCGGCUCCCCUUCCACCGUCAAACUCUACCCUCCAGUCCACCCCUCCUAUGUUAAGACCACCACCAGGCAGCUCACCUCUCCAAUCGGCUCCCCUCUUACCAGCCCUAAUGUUCCCAGGAAAAUAGACGCCACUGCUGCUGAGGUUGAAUCCAACGGGGCCAAGGGGUUCAAGAGGCACAAGCAGAGGUCCUGCUCCAUCACUGGGCCCAUUGGUGUGUCUUCAGACUGGUCAACAGAUGAUGAGCUAAGAGGACAGCAGGUUGGUGGGGCCAAAUUCCCCGAGCAGGACACACCAGAGAGGAGUUACACCAGCGGGACUUACUGGACACUGGGCUCCAGGAGAGCACAUCACGUACGGAAGAGCUCCAGUAACACUGUACCUUACCUGGAUGUCUUCUCAGGUCGCACUCUGUUGGACAGGCUGUGUAUCCAUCCUGGUGAUGGCUCGACAGAAGAGGAGGCGAAAGAACUGUGUCACCGAAUGCUGGCCCAGGGACUGUUGCACCCCUUCAGCGACAGCAGCGCAGAGCUCCACGGUGACAGCACUGCCUCAGCAGGCUUUAGUGAGGAGCAGCUGUACACCUGGGCGUCUGUAGGCCUGCCAGUGUCCUCUCACCUGUGGGAACUGUACGGGGGGCGAACCACAGGCAGGGAGCACAGCUUAAGAUCCUCUUUGCGUCAGUCAUCAGCCAAGACACCAGGAGCUCUACACUCUCAGACAGAAUCCAGCAGGUUGAAGUCGGGUCAGUCGUCCUCGGAGGAUGAAAGCUGUCUCAUCCCCCAGCUGGAGAGGACCAUCGAUGACCUGCGGAUUAAGAUUGCUGUGUUGCAGGGCCAGCAGGCCUCCUUGGUGAAGGGCAGCAGGGAUAAUAUGGGAGCUCUGGGUGCUGCCUAUGACAAGGCCUCGCAGAUGAGAGGAGGAAAAGUGGGGAGGAUGAGCCAGGAGGUGUCCAUCCAGACAUCGCCUGUGGAGGAGGGGCUUAAGUUUGACGUGCCUUUCAACCGAGGAUCAGGCAGCGUGUCGUCCUCCGUUUCAUCGUCCAUCCCCAAAUCUGCAGAGAGUUUUGUCUGCUGCACGUGCCAGCAGAAGCAACAGAGCAGCUCAGCUCCUCCACCUCCAAUCUCUGGACCCCCACCUCCACCCCCACCGCCACCGCCACCACCACCUUUACCAGGAAGCAUAGCUCCUCCGCCACCACCACCUCCCCCACCCUUACCCGGACAUGGACCUUGUCCCCCACCACCGCCACCUCCUCCUCCACCACCAGGUUUUGGGCCACCACCCCCUCCUCCCCCGCCCGGCUGCGGUCCUCCGCCCCCACCUCCUCCACCGCCGGGCAUGGGCCCUCCUCCGCCACCCCCUCCGCCUGGAAUGGGCCCCCCUCCUCCGCCCCCAGCCCCGGGCUUUGGGCCUCCACCACCACCAGGUCCCAUGCCCUCCAUGAUGGUCCAGGAAGCUGCCCCUGCCAAGGCUGUGAUAGAGCCCCCCAAGCCAAUGAAGCCCCUCUACUGGACACGCAUCCAGCUGCAUGCUAAAAAACCCAAUGACUCACUGGUGUGGGAGAAAAUCGAGGAACCAAGUGUGGACUUUGAAGAAUUUGUCGAACUGUUCUCCAAAAGUGCUGUGAGGGAGAAGAAAAAGCCCAUUUCAGACACGAUCAGCAAGUCCAAAGCCAAGCAGGUGGUGAAGCUGUUGAACAACAAGCGUUCGCAGGCUGUCGGUAUACUGAUGUCGAGCAUUCAUCUGGAUAUGAAGGACAUCCAUAAUGCCGUCCUAAAUAUGGACAACGCCGUUGUUGACCUGGAGACUCUGCACGCCCUGUAUGAGAAUAGAGCUCAAGCUGAUGAGAUGGACGGCAUUAAGAAGCACAUCAAAUCAUCCAAAGAUAAGGAGGAUGCCAAGCCGCUCGACAAGCCUGAGCAGUUUCUAUUCCAGUUAUCCCAAAUCCCCAACUUCUCUGAACGAGUGUUCUGCAUCCUGUUUCAGUCGACUUUCCACGAAUGCAUCACCUCGAUCCUCCGCAAAGUAGAAAUCCUUCAGAGGGUGUGCAAGUCUCUGCAGAGUGCCGAGUGUGUAUUGCAGGUGCUCGGCCUGGUGCUGGCUUUUGGCAACUACAUGAACGGAGGUAAUCGGUCUCGAGGGCAGGCCGACGGCUUCACCUUGGACAUUCUGCCAAAACUGAAGGACGUUAAGAGCAGUGAUAACUCCCAGAGUCUUUUGUCCUACAUCGUUGCUUACUAUCUAAGGCACUUUGAUGAGGAUGCUGGCAGAGAGACGUGUGUCUACCCUCUGCCUGAGCCCCAGGACCUUUUCCAGGCCUCCCAGAUGAAGUUUGACGAUUUUCAAAGAGAUCUGCGCAAGCUGAGGAAAGACCUCAAUGCAUGCUCAGCUGAGACAGAGAAAGUUUGCAAGAUGUCCUCUGAAGAGAACCUGCAACCCUUCAAGGACAAGAUGGAUGCAUUUCUUAGCCAAGGAAGAUUCAGGAUGGUGGAAGGUGAACCUGUUAAAUUGACUGUGGAGGCCAAAAGUGGAUGCCACAGAUGCAGGACCAAAACCGAACUGGAAACACAAGAGAAGCAGCUGGCAGACACUCAGAAGAUCUUCUUGGAGUUGAGCGUGUCCUUCUCGGUCAAACCCAAGGCGGGCGAGAAAGAAGUCUCUCCCAACACUUUCUUCUCCAUUUGGCACGAGUUUUCCACCGAUUUCAAAGAGCAGUGGAAGAAGCAGAAUAAGCUGAUGUUACAGGAACGGGUCAAAAUGGCCGAAGAGUGCUUCAAACAGGCCGCCAGGGAGAAGGCGUCCUACAAUGUGAAACCCAAACAUGCGACUGGAAUAAAAGCAAAGCUUGGUCAGAAGAUCUGAAGCAGAGAAUGGAAAAAUUAUCAUCGCCAAGCCUGUUGCACAACCUCUGUUUGUACAAUCUGACAAUGACUCAUCAGUCACUUUUACAACAUUUAUUUGCUUCCAGUGUUUGUUUUCAAUUGAUUUUAGACCUGUUUGUUUAUUGUGAGUUGGUUCAAAGUGGAUGUUAUAUUGCUUCAAAAGCAGGAUGAAAUAUUACGUUCUCAGCUUCCCUUUGAUAGCACUUUUGCAUAAUUGAGUGAAAUAUUGCUACGAAAAAACGAACAUGAGCUGAGGUGAUUGAAUGCAGUUGAGUCAUUUGCCAGGAAAUGCCCGCCAGAGUCUGACAUGUGUAGCAACACUUCAGUACAUCCGAACCUUGUCAGUAUUCAAAAAGCCAUAUGUAGCCUAUUUUGUUGUUUUUACCCAGGUUGAGUUUACCAGGAAGGCAUGAACACGUUUCCUUCUUUAUAUCUUCCUCAACAGUGACAAGCACAGACUUUUAUAACGUUUCUAUACCUGAACAGCAAAGUGCCUUAUAGCACAGUGGAGAGGUCUGUAGUGCUGUAGAACAGAGCGCACAUCAGAGACAUAUCAUGUGUAAUUAAAUGUUGCAUUAAAGAAGAAAAAUACAUUUUACAUGCGCUAAAACACGACAAAUUUAAUUUUCUUAUUGGUUUCACUGAGUGUCUCAGAGGCUAGUCACAGUUAAAUGUGUGUUUUACAUACAGAACCUCUUCUUGUGUUUUCUUCAUCAAAAACAUCAUGCAUACCCGAGAGGUGUGAUCCGAUAUGGACCUGCUAUUGUUUAAUUGAGCCAUAUUGUCAACUUGCUUUAUGUUAUAAAGGGUAACUCUGCCAAUUUUACAAAUUUGAAGUGUGCUUGCAAGUCUUGGAGAAUACUAUUGC